GACGCCCUAUCAGCUCAAGAAUUUCCCCUCCCACCGUUAUGAAUCAUAUCCUCGUUCAGUUAUCUGUUAUCUGCCAUAACAACUGCAGUCACUUUGACAUAUCCUCCUUUUUCGGCCUGUCUUGUCGCUGUCCCGUGUUAUCAGUGAUGCGUCGUGUUACUGUGAACCGUGGUGUUAUCGCGUGACAGGCACCUUUGGGAACAGAAGUGACAUAUUUGGUGUAAUCGUGCACCGGACAUAGGGUAUAAAAGGAAUGACAUGCAGGUGAUUAGCGGUAGUCUUGCCUCAGGUCACGGCCAGCUGGAGGUGUGCAGGAUUGUACCGAGAGGAGUGCUAGCAAGGUCACUUCUGCUGAACCCGACUGACUGAAAGGACGUUGUUAAAGGGAAAAUCAAAGUAAAAAGAAAAAGGAAAAUUGUCCUUCUGCAAGAUUCCUGGAUUUUUUUUUUUUUUUACAUCAUUGAGGAAAAAAAAGACGUUGUUGGAGAAUAAUAACCUGAAGCAAAAGAAGAGAACUUGUUCUUCCAUAAGAUUCACGCGGAACAUUUUCUCUAACCCGUAACUGAAAGAAGUUGGUGAAAAAACAGAAGCAGAAACAAAAAAGAACGACAGUAUUCCCAAAAAUAUUCACGAACAUUUCUUGAUCUCCGUGACUGACAGGAAGGACAUCGUUGAGAGAUUAGAAAUUAUGACAUCUGCGCUUCCAUAAAAUUAACAAAGAUCAUUUUGAGGAUAUUAAUAGAAAGAAAAUAUUUUUGAAAUAAAAACCAGACCAGAGAAGAAAGAAAAUGUCAUAACAAAGGACUUGCGUUCCAUACAGACUGAUAAUGACAAAUCCAAAUAACAAGAAUAACACCAAGACACAAAAAAUAAGAUCUUUUGGACCAAAGCAAGGAAGAAAGCAUCAUAAUACAAUAUUUUUCCUCCAUGCAGACUGACAGCGAGGAAUUUCAUUAAGAGUAGCACCAACAAGCAGAAAACAGAGAAGAAAAGAGAAGGAAAAAAACUCCAGAAUUGUCAUAGUUUUAAAACAGGAACCAGAAUUGUCAUAGUUUUAAAACAGGAAACACAAAGUCCUUGGGGGGGUUUGGCUGUGUGAAAUUCAAAUUAGAAGCUACAGCAAGUCAAAAAGAAAAGGAAAACAAGUUAUUUCCUCAAGAAUCUUUCACUACUCCUUGCCAGACGUAGAGGAGAGGACGCAGACUUUCUCAAAAACCAAGAAUCGUGUAGGAGGACGCAGGCAUGAAGGAGGACGCCACUAGCAAGACACACAACCCCCACCAUGAAAACUCCCGCAAGACCAGAAAUGAAAAUAAACACACAGACCAAAAUGUAAACAGAGAAAACACAGACACGAACAAUGCAGCAAAGAAUACACAAGCAGACCACAAAAAUAACCACAGAAACUCGGGAAGAGAGGAAAUAAUCAACAUAAAGGAACCCGAAGGAGAGAGCAAAGACGGAGACAGGGAGAGCAGGGAAAAGAGGCGAGUGGUGGCGAGGUGUUCGUCAGGGAGUGAGAACAGAUCCCUAAAAACGUGUUACUGCUGCCGCCACAAGACCAGGACACUCAUGCGCAUGUCCUCGUGUCCUUGCUGCAUGCCUCAACUGCCCGUCUGCCCCCGCACCGGGUUCACGCGGGAGAACCUAGAAUGGCUCGAGCAGAUGUUCCGUCAGGCGCUGGGACGCAAGCAGGAACUCUCCUUCGACGACUUCAAGAAGAUCGUACACUCGAGAAACUCGUUCUUCGCCGAGAGGGUGUUCCAGAUCUUCGACAGGGACAACAGCGGCACCGUCUCCCUGUCUGAGUUUCUGGACGCCAUGCACCAGUUCGCCGGGAAGUCUCCGAACGACAAGAUCAAGUUCCUCUUCCGCGUGUAUGACCUCGACGGCGAUGGACUCAUUCAACAAAGUGAGCUGCAGAAGGUGAUGAAGGCUUGCAUGGAAGAAAAUGGGAUGCGUUUUAGCGACGAGCAAAUUCAGGACCUCACGCAGGCCAUGUUUGAGGACGCGGACACCCAGAACACGGGCGCCAUCACCUACGAGUCCCUGAAGGCGCAGCUGGAGAAGCACGACGGUCUUAUUGAAAAUCUCUCCAUCAGCAUUGAUCGGUGGCUGGUCCCUCCCAACCUGCGGAAGGAGGAGGACACGCUGUGGAAGAAGGUGAAGAACCUGAUACCUUACCAAAUGACCCUGCCCUACCUCAAGAACAACUACGUCUACUUGUCCUUCCUGCUUGCCUACAUCGCCAUCAACCUCGGCCUCUUCAUCUCCCGCGGGAUGGAACACUACUACGCAGGCAGCAACGGGCUCACUAUAGCUGCCCGGGCUUGUGGUCAGUGCCUUAACUUCAACUGCAUGUUCGUGUGUGUGUUGGUGCUGCGUCAGUGCAUCACGUACCUACGGUCUAUGGGCGGCGCUUCCUUCCUGCCCCUGGACCAGCACCUGUACCUGCACAAGCUCUGCGGCAUCCUCAUCUUCAUCUACUCCGUCGUGCACACCAUUGCUCACCUCAUCAACUUUGCUGUGAACAUCGUCCCCGCCACGAAGCCCGGCCAGUUGAACGAGCAAAACUGGACCUACGCAGAGUGGAUUCUCACCAUGCGACCCGGCGUACUCGGUUUGGUGCCCGGCAUUGCCAACCCUACCGGCGUGGCCCUCAUGGUGAUCCUGACGGUGAUGGUGGUGUGCUCCCUCCCCUUCGUCAGGAAAUCUGGCUACUUUGAGGUGUUCUACUGGACCCACCUGCUGUACAUCGCCUUCUGGACCCUCUGCAUCCUCCACGGGCCGCAUUUCUGGAAGUGGUUCGUGGUCCCUGGCGUGGUGUUCCUCAUUGAAAGAAUCCACCGUAGCGUCAAGAUGAGGAUGGGUGGCGGGAAGACGUACAUAAGCUCCGGGGUGUUGCUGCCGUCCAAGGUCAUCCAUCUGGUGGUAAAACGGCCCACUCAGUUCCACUUCCACCCCGGUGACUACGUGUUCAUCAACAUCCCCGUCAUCGCCAACUAUGAGUGGCACCCCUUCACCAUCUCCUCCGCCCCAGAGCAAGCAGACGUGCUUUGGCUUCACAUCCGGGCGGUGGGGCAGUGGACUCGGCGCCUCUACGACUACUUUGAGAGGGAGCAGCAGCGGUGUGAGUCUGGGAACUUCCCCAACAGACCCCUCCCCGCCGCCCUCACGCUUCCUGACGGCACGAAAGCAAUGGCCACUGUGAUCGGUGACGGUCGCAGCGGCUCCUUCCUCUCUGCCCCCACCAACCCCAACGCCCAGGUCACAGCCGCAGACGCCAACCACGCCCGUGGCGUUGGAGGGGAAAACGGCGUGACUAACGUGGCCUACGACCAUGACGUCAGUACUGACAAGGCGUCGGAGGGCGAGGGUAUGACAGACGCCCCCGUAGCGGCCACCCGCAGGAAGAGACGAAUAAACAAGAGCACCUCUGAAGGGAACGCCAAUAUUUCCAAGAAGGACGAGGAUGCAGAGCAUCGCGAGGCUUCCAGGUCGUCGUCAGAAGCGGGGGCGGUGGAGGAGGCGCAGCAACAGAGCCUGGGAAGCAACGCCCUCUACCUGCGGUCAAGGAGCUCCCAGGCCACCAGCUUUAAGUACAUGCGUCGGAAGCCCCGGAUCAUCACUCUGGACCUUCCCUCUGAGUCUGACUCCGGGGAUGACGGCGGGGACGACAGCGAGGAGCGGGGGGGCGAGGAGGAGGAGGCGCAGCACGGGGAGGUGGGGAAGGAUCUCAGGCUCACCAUUAAAGAGGACACUGUGCCCGCCGUCAAAAGUCAAGACCUGUCCGUGGUGGAGGAGGGCCUCAUGCGCUACAAAUCCCAGGAGGAGAGAAGGAGAUCCCGCCAGGAGGAGAGAAGAAAGUCAAGACAAGAAGAGAGGAAGAUGAGGAAGCUGAGCAGGCUGGAGGAGGCCAUAGCGGAGGGCGGCUGUGUGGUGCGCAAGCCCUUGGUGGUGUACAUGGACGGGCCCUUCGGAGCGCCUUCCAGCCACAUCUUCCGCGCCCAACACGCCGUCCUCAUCGCCACGGGUAUCGGAGUCACGCCCUUCGCCUCCAUCCUGCAGUCCAUCAUGCAUAAGUACUGGAAGGUGCGCCACACCUGCCCGCGUUGCACCCACACCUGGACCAGCGACCUGCCGCAGUCCGUCAUGAACCUGCGCAAGGUUGACUUCUUCUGGAUCAACCGUGACCAGCGUUCCUUCGAGUGGUUCGUGAACUUGUUGUCCCAGCUGGAGAUCGAGCAGGCUGAGCAGGGCGGCGUGCUGGAGAGGUUCCUUGAUAUGCACAUGUACAUCACCUCGGCCCUGCAGAAGACUGACAUGAAGGCCGUGGGUCUGCAACUCGCCCUCGACCUGCUGCAUGAGAAGGAGAAGCGGGACCUCAUCACGGGUCUCAAGACAAGGACCAACGCAGGCAGACCAAACUGGGACAAGGUGUUUAUGCAACUGGCCAAACAGCAGAAGGGCAAGAUUACCGUGUUCUACUGCGGCCCGCCUGCCCUUGGACGAACCCUGCGGUAUAAGUGUGAUGAAUACGGAUUUGAUUUCCGCAAGGAGAUAUUCUAGUACCGUGAGAGAGAGAGAGAGAGAGAGAGAGAGAGAGAGAGAGAGAGAGAGAGAGAGAGAGAGAGAGAGAGAGAGAGAGGGGGGGGGGUGACUUACGUAAAUGGCGGUGGUGGUGUUGAUGGUUUUGUAAAUAUAGCACGCGCUUAGAAAUAGAAGGCGGUGGGCAGGGAAGAGAGGAGAAUGUUUAUGAGGUGAGAGGUUGUGUCGAACAAAGAGAGAGAGAGAGAGAGAGAGAGAGAGAGAGAGAGAGUUACACUGUACAUACAAUAAUAUAAAGAGUCUAUUAGUAUUACUGCAUUUAUAGUAGAUGCUUAUAUAUAUUCCUGUCACGUGGGUAUCCUGAGUGCCUUCCAAACCACGGCAAACUGUCUCCCUAUGACAAGGCAGAGAGAACAAAGUGGGUAGAGAGAGGUGUGGUACUUAUUACAGUCUCGUAGCUACCUCCUUUUCAUCUUCGUCUGCCCAUCCACGUGUGUUAGUUUUAUAAGUCAGUUGAUAAGUGUGAAUUUUGUACAUUUUUAUAGAGUCGUGUGUCCUUAUGCAUAUGAUGAUGUCUAUUUUUCUACUGUAUGGUGCCUUGUGUUGAUAACUCUUUCUUACGGUCACCUGUUUUAAUAUUAAUGUCAUUUUAGCAGUGUAUUUAUUUUUUUUUUU